AGUUUAUUUUCUCCAUUUUAACUGAUUGCAAUAUCAACCAAUACAAAAAACAAUGAUACUACUAGUGUACACUGCCAUUGAAAUGGACCAUAAAAGGUUUAAUUUUUACAAGAUUUAAUUCUAGAGUUAUUAAAUUACGAGCGAAAACACAACUUGGAAGAUAGCCUUGCUAAGAUACUAGUAUAGGUAGUAUAAAUACAUAAUUUUGCAUUUUGAUCGGAAGACACGUCAGCACAAAUCAUCACCGACAAGUAAUUACUCACAUUCCCGGGUUUCAAAGCUUUUGAUGAACUCUUAUUGGUACAAUAAUUAACUAAUCAAACGAACCCAAGAUAACAAGCACCAUUAAGACUUAUAAACAUUCAUUUGGGUAUUCAAGCGACGUUUCUGACAUUUUCUUCAUUUCCUAAGGCCAUUAUUUUGAAAAAUAACAAAUAAUUCGUCAAAGUCCUGAUGUCACGCUCAAACGCAGUGUAAUCAUUUGGCGCGGCGUUUGUCUGUCUGUCUGUCAGUCUGUCUGUCUCUAUAUUAAAAAUAAUGAGGUUAAUAGCUCUGAAGUAAGGCAGACAACACAUCUGUUCAGAAUCCUGUGUCAUUUAUUUCUGUGUAUAGCGAUCCGUUGUCGGGGUUGUUUACUCAUUUGGGCGGCCAUGCUGCAAGAGGUAUUGUUUUCUUACAAAAUUGCCACUAUCUAUAGGGCAUGUUGGACAGUUUCUACACAAAUCUCCUCAAGCAAUACUGCUUUAUCACAAUCCAGUAACUGUUGCUUCGAAAGAAUAUGACUUUGUAUCAGGGCGCCGCUAUAUAAGAGUCGAAAGAUAGCGAUUGCCUUUUAACGUAAAAAAUAAAUGUACAUUGUACAAGAGUAAUUGUGUAUCUUCUAUACACGUUUGUACGUUAAAUUAACAUAAUCAUUGAGAUAACGAGUAAACCUUUAAGUCUGUGUAAUAUGUAAAUGUGUGUGCCAGCAUAUUAACAGUGAAUAUCUCAUAGACAACAUUUUAGUUUUUAUGGGAACUGAUACGUAAUUCGGUGAAGAAGUAGCUUUUAAGUAAAUGUCUGUGUCGGUGUAUGAACAGGGUGUCUCCUGUAUAAAUAAAACGUUUGAUGAUAAAGAAUGUGAAUGUGUGCAAGUUACCAUUGAAAAUUAAAUGUCGCAGUUUCUACGCCUGAACGAUUACACUUAUACGCACGCUUUUCUCAAUGUGUAAUUUACUUCCUGUUUCAUGUUCAACAAACCUCCUUCCCGGAUGAUUGCCAUACCUUUUCGGGAACCUGCAUGUCCUAGUUGACUGUUCUAAAACAACAGGAGUGCCUGUAUCAAAUAGUGUUCUGUAAUUUGUGACAAAGAAAUUUUGGAUUAACAUACCUUACUAUACGUAUCAAGAUCAUAAGGCGACAUUACGCAUGUGCAAUAAACCUAGUGUUGCUGCCUUGUUUGUCAUUCUCGGGGAUAUCGGAGGUUACUGGAUAUAGUUUCAAACUAACGAAACGAGAUCUGAUACAGGACUUCCAUUGGAAUGGGGAAUGGUUGUAGCGAGCUGACCACAUCAAUAGUGGCUCUACUACUCACGGCGUGGAACGAUCGGUGGCGACACAGGGGUUUAUGGUACUAUAACGGUACCAAACCGCCAUAUUUUUCUCCCUCAUUUUCCUUACGAUCAUUCUUGUAUUAACUUUCAACAAUGAUAUAAAUAUUGCCGAAAGUACGCGUUGGCAAAAAGUGUAUGCUUUAGAUGUACUAGCCAUGAUCAAGAUCUGCAGAAUGCUUUCCCUUGUUUCUCACGGAUGUGCCACGAAAAAUAACUGCCAUGACUGUUUCUGUAUUGUUGAAAAUAUUCCAAAAGUAAAAUUAAUCGUGUUUUGGAUUUGUGGAAAGGUUUCCAGCUUGUCUUUAGCUUUCUUAUAUUACAGUCAGUUCGAUUUCAAUAUCCUGAGGGUCAAUGCCUGGUAUAUCAUGCUUUAUACUAUUACGCUGGCAAUGCCAUUCGCAGGAAUAAUUUCCGUCACUUGUCUUGUUUAUUUACAGCUGAAACGUUCUACAUUCUUCCCUUACACAAUAUAUGUUUAUAAGCAGUGCGACUGUUUCUGUAUGGCUGCAUAGCGUCGUAAUAGAUAACGAAUCAUUCUCUUCAAAUGAUCUAGAUAAACAGUUUCACGAUACAAAAUUGAAAUUCCUACAAGCUUUAAAAGUCAGGCUUUUCUCAGCCAAUCCAAACUAAUUCUAGGUACGUGUAAGCAGGAGUUUUUUUUAUUUGUUGUCUACAAGAAAGUAAUUGGAGACGUUGUCUUCAGAGGACGUUUUGUGGCGCAUCUCUAAUGCAUCAGGACAUUGUUACAAUAGUAAUUCUUUAAAUGAAGCAGAAAUAUAUCCUCUCCUGAGAAAUUACAUACCACGAAGACUGUCUAGAGACGGAACCAUCCGAAUAGAAUAUACAACAGUCUGUCUAAACAAGGAAUCACCCAAACAGAGUAUACAACAGUCUGUCUAGAGAAGGAAUCACCCAAACAGAGUAUACAACAGUCUGUCUAGCGAAGGAAUCACCCGAACAACGUAUAAAACAGUCUGUCUAAAAAAGGAAUCACCCGAACAGAAUAUACAACAGUCUGUCUAAACAAAGAAUCACCCCAACAGAAUAUACAACAGUCUGUCUAAACAAGGAAUCACCCAAACAGAGUAUACAACAGUCUGUCUAAACAAGGAAUCACCCGAACAACGUAUAAAACAGUCUGUCUAAAAAGGAAUCACCCGAACAGAAUAUACAACAGUCUGUCUAAACAAAGAAUACCCCAACAGAAUAUACAACAGUCUGUCUAAACAAGAAAUCACCCGAACUGAGUAUCAUCUCGCUGUCCACUUUUUUUAGUUUCGAUCUUACCAUAGGUAACGUUAUCGGUUAUAUAGUUUGGUUGGUGCACUGAGGCAAAAUGAAACCAUAUGGUGUAGUCGAGUAUUCCUGUGCGAUAGUGACAUUCCUCGCGAGUCUUUACUGCCUUUUUCAUCAAUGUAAGCCAAAUGGAAAACCUUCAUCCGUAAAGGUCAGUGAGUACGUUUACCUUAAGUCCGCUUUUGCUAGGAACAUGAUGGACGUCUGUGAUAUCCUAACGAGUAACUUGUCGCCAGAUAGCAACUAAGAGUUGACAAUUAUUUCGCACGUUUUCGUACUCGUACAUGUUUAUCUGCAAUUUGCUUAUCUGCUUCACGCCAACAGAUGUCGAAAAUCUAACCAACAUUUAAAUAUUUAUCUACUGGAUUGUGUAUUGAUAUUUCUUCUAGUUAUCAAAAUGAACUUACAACGUUUCCAGGCAUCAGGAAUGUUGAAAUAUAUAUCCUUGUGAGCUUCAGAUUUUCAUCGGUACUUGAGAUGGUUACAACAUUUUAGGUCUACAGGUACUUGUGGAUAGCACUCCGUCACGUGUCAAAAAAAUAAAAAUAUACAUGUGUCAAUUUAAUCAGAAUAUCAUUAAAAUGUAGUAGUUAUUUUUUUUCCAAAUGUUAUGCAAUUGAGAAUACAUGGAAAAGGUUACAUGCUUCCUGCUUCUUGUUUUUUUACAUUGAGCGCAAUAAACAUUUGGUACCGACUGGUCGCUUUGUCAACCUAUGAUGGAUAAACAAAGGGACCAGUCGAUCUUGAAACGUUGCAACAUGUUGAAUACGUAUAUUGUUUGUGUAGAAAGUAAAAUGUUGAUAUACAUAUUACCUACAUUAUGUAACUGAUUAAUUCUAUUUAAGUCAUUACCAAAUUAUUUAGUUAAAUAGGGAUGUAAAUGAAUGUAUACGGACAUGAAUAAAAUAAAAUAAUUAAUCGAUACCCAGAAUAAAUUUUGCGGGUUGGACAUUGGGCGAAUGUACAUUUCAACCGUUGAGGGCGACAAAUUAACUGGGCGUAAACUUUGCAGGUUUACAGUACACGUUUUAAACUUUUGUGACAUGAUUAUGUUAAAAACCAGUGUAUAGUCUACAUUAUAAUUGAAGAUGUGUAAGAGAUAUAACAAUGAUUGUCAAUAUACAAUAUUAAAUUGUGACGAAACUAUUACGUAACAAGAGCUUCUUAGUCUACAUGUGGUGUGAAUGACCGUGCCACAUUAUCGUUAUGUCUCAUUUACACAGUACACGUUUUAGUUGUUGUGGCAUAAUUAUAUUAAAAAGCAGCUUAUUGUCUACAUUUUUAUCUAAGGCUCAAAAACAAGCAGCCAUAUCUAUUUUAGAUGUUCCACAAGACACUCCAUCCAAGGCCAUGUGUUAAGCUUUAAAUUGGAUGCCAAUCGAGAAGCAGUUGAAAGUUAGAAUAUUAUGUAUGUUAUUUAAAUGACGAAAUGGAUAAGUACCAAAUUACUUAGCAGAAUUUAUUUGUCUAGCUAGGAAUGUCCAUACAAACAGUACUAGGUUUUCGUAAGCAAAUCACAUGUGUAUAGAAAAACAUUUUAUUCCAAACCUUUUUUCAUUGUUGAUAUUCAACAGUUCAUCAAUGGAAUGUACUUCAAGAAGAAAGAAGAGUUAAAGAGUGUCAAUACAUUAAACAAUUUUAAGCAGAAACUUGUUAAACAUUCUCAUACAUUUUAAAAUUAGCAUGAAAUGAAACCAAUUUUGUUUAAAAUUAUGCUACAUAAGCAUAUAACUAGGUCAAUUUUUAUGUUUUUGCUAUGUUAGGAUUGGUGUAAAUUAGGCAUGUGCCAUUUAAUUAAUGAAAGAACUUUGCAUGAUAAUUGUGCAUUUUGUGAUAUUCUUAACUCAAGACAGCCGUGAUAAUAGUUGUAAUGUGAUCGUGUCUUAGAAAGUUAUGAUACUAUAUAUGUUAUGCUAUUGUGUGUUUCUUAUAUAUAUAAAUAUUCAUCAUGUUUAUCAAAUAAUUAACACAUGUAUUGCAUUAAGAGGGCUAUAUGGAAGAUUAGCCCAUGGCUAAACAUGUAUUUAUCCUCAAAAAAGAAUGUCUAUUAGUAAUAUUAUUAUUAUUUUUUAUUAAUUGAGGGUGUGUGAGAGUACAUUGUAAUAACAGUAUAUCUCAUAUAUAUUAUUUAGUCGUUGGUAGAAUAUGACAUGAUCAGAUAAAAAGAUCUUCUAAGUCUACAUUUUGUGUGUAUACGUGUAUCACAGUACUGUAAUAUCUCAUUUACACCAUUUACGUUCCAUGCAACUUGUACUAAAGAAAGCGGACGUGUGCAAAUCUGCAUCCAAAAAUAAAUGUUAUAUUACUUGUGUGUAUAGGCGGUUAAGGUUACUGAACCAUGACAAGAAAUACACUGUUUCUCCAAACGUAUAAUUUACUUCCUGUUUUCAUUUUUACAAGCAAUACUACCUGCUUUAAUUCUAUGUUUAUUUGGAAACCUAUAGAUCAUUAUUUCCAGGAGUACCUGUAUCAAAAAUUGUCUAGUUAUUUGUGAAAAGAAUAUUCACACCUUACUGGUUUAGUGUCGUAUACGUGUAUCAAGGUCGUUAGGUAACAUGACACGUAUGCAACACACAUAGUGUUGCAGACUUGUUUAUCCUUCCCGGAGAUCUCGGAGGAUACUGGAUACCGAACCAAAUUAAACUAACGAAAAUCUGAUACAGGACUUCCAUUGAAAUGGGGAAUUCCUGUAGCGAGCUAAUUACAUCAGUUGUGGUCCUACCAAUCACGGCGGGGAACUAUCGGAGGCGACAGAAUGGCUCCCGGUAUUAUGACGGUACCCUAUCGUCCUUAGUUUUCUUCCUCAUCUUCCUCGCAACCGUCAUCAUAUUAACCUUCAGCAAGGAUAUCGAUAUUGGCCAAGACAAGCGUCUUGCGAUCGUUUUCAUUUUACUGGCUGUGAUCAUGGUAUUAGGUAUGUUUGCAUGUGCUAUCGUAGGAUGUUUUAUAAAAACAUACGGACUUGGCCGUGUGGUGUUGAGGAGACAAGAGAGAAGUGUUACCAAGCUACAGUUAAUCUUCCUCUGGAUAUUUGGAAUAGGUUCGGGCUGGCUUUCUGCUUUCCUUGCAGGACAGCAAUUCCAAUGUGAUAUUUUAAGUCAAAAGAUUGACGGAGGGGGUGAUGUUUUCUGGUACUCCAGAGGAAUUUUCAAUGUCAUUUUGACGAUUAUUUUAUUCAUACAAAUAACUUUCAUCAAUUACUUUGUUCAGUUUCAAAUGAAGUGUUCAACAUCCGUCCGUUACUCAUUAUUUAUCCUUGUGGGUGCGAAUGUGUCUGUAUGGUUGCAUAGCAUCAUCACAGACAACGAAUCAUUCCCUGAGAACAUUCCAGGCAAACACUUCCGAAACAACAGUAAAAUACUUGCCUGUCUACGAAACGAGACUAUUGGAUUCCUUCUCGACAUUUCAAACCCAAUUUUAGAUCCAUGUUUACUUGAGUUUUGUUUGUUGUCUACAAUGUUGCUAUUUGAGAUGUGGUCUCCAAAUACUCUACAGACCUCUUCUGAAGGGACCUUCUCAAGAGACGACUCUCGAACGUAUCGGGACAAUGUUGAAUCGAAUUAUACUUUGAACGAUACGGAACGAAAUCCGCUCCUAGGAAACGCAAAUCAAAAUCCCGAAAACAGUCUAUCUAGACACGGAGUCACCCGAACAGUGUAUCAUCUCAUUGUCCUAGUGCUAAGUAUCGUUGUUACAAUAGGAAACGUUAUUUGUUACGUUGUUUGGGUGAUGCACCCAAACAGUGGCCAAAUUCGACUGGUUAUAGAACAAUUUGGUUUAGUCGAAUUAUGCCGCUACGAUCGGGGCGAUUUUGGUGGGAUUUUAUUGUCUUGUUCAUUAUUGUAUACCAGAUCGGGAACCUAAACUCCUGACGGUCAGUGAGAACGUUUACCUAUCGUCUGCUUUUGCUAUGAUCAUGAUGGGCUUCUGUGAAAUUCUAACAGGUAACUUGUCGCCAGAUAGCACCUCGGAAUCGACAAUAAUAUCGCACGUUUUCGGACUCGUAC